AUGUCGCCUUGUAUUGAAUUGCAUGUGUCUGGAUUUAUUUGCAGCUUCUUUCUGUUGGUGCGGUGGUUUCAUCAGUCGUGGUCGUGCAACACCGCCCAGCAAGAGGGACAUUCACUUGCUGUCACGAAAUCACCUCAGACCGAACCGGAAGCAAGCCACCUCUCAACUUCAGAGCUCUUGACCUUCCCCGCCAAUCCACGUCGCUUUCCACCCAAAACUCGCCCAGGAUCUUGGGUCCCGCCAAAAUUCCCGUUGACAAGCUUCUUUCUUUCUUCCUUCGGCCCUGCUCCCCCACCGCCGCCGUUGAUCGCUUUUCAUACCGAUCGCAGUCCUCCUUCCCCUGCUUUUCCUAAUACAGCCAGGACCUAG